CUUCCGCUUCUGGUCCCCUUUGAAGACCGGGGCUGCUUCCACCGCAAACAGACUUUACCCAUCCACCAGAUAUCUGGUGACCCAGUCUCACCUCCCACGAACAACACAUUACUAUAACCGCCAACAUGACGGUAAUAUGGGGCCUCGACCUGAAGGAGAUGCAAUGGGGCAAGUUCAAGAGCAGCUACAUGUUCGGCAACACAGACUACCACCUGCGCCGCACAAAAUUCGGCAUAUACCAAGGCGCUAUGAUCCUGACCGUUGUUUCUGAGUCGCUGGGUACUGCAGCUCUGUCCGACUAUGUCGACCAACAGAAAUUCGUCGCUCUCCACUCCCCCGGCGCCACAGUCCACAACAACAACUUUGUCGGCAUCGCGUCCUACAACAUCUUCGUCGGCAUCUUCGUCGCCACUAUCUUCGGCGCGGCAUUCUUCUUCGACCUGUUCUGGCCGGAACGCCAUGAAUCACGCGCUGUGAAAAUCGCAUGGCGCGCCUGCUCUGUCUUCGCAUGUAUGCUCACCCUCUCCUGCGCGCUGGCAUACACGUACAUCGUCGCCACAAAAUCAGCAUACGUAACAGGCACGGAUGCAAGUACUGCGGGGAGGUUGUUAGCGGAGUAUGGUGGGAGUCCGAUGAAGUACGCUAGUAAUGGACGGGCGAUUGCGAGUGUGGUGUUCUUGUGGCCGGGGAUGGUGUUCACUUUCCUCAGUACGUGGCUGCUGUGGCAUUCGCUGGCGCAUAUCGAUAAGUUUGGGCCGAAGUCGACGCAUGCGCGUAAAGCGGAUGAGGGUGUUGCUGAGAAGCCUACGAGUUUUGAGACUGAGAGGGAUGUUGAUGGCGCGGUGGAGAUGCCAGCGCAGCCACCGCCGACACACGCAGUUCCUGACGCUGCAGCGCGUGUGUAAGGUCGCACGGUACGAAGCACGGCGAUGCACUAGCAUUGAACGGUAGUGAGGCGUACAGCCUCUUGAGAGUUUCCUUUUUUACUCUUGUUUCACUAUUGGCAUGAUGGGAGAAGGUAUUGCGUAUUUUGAGCUAUUGUUAGCGGUAUAUCCCAACGUAGACGCGGCGUUUCG